CAGGAUAGGCAUGCAAAACUAGAGGGGUGACUAUACUAAGACUUGUGGAAAUUGUUAAGUUAUAUCAGGAACACUUACUGGCUACUGCAGAACUGUCAGAUCAUGGUGAAUGGCUUUCAUUUCUCAACUCUCAUGGUUCAGUAUAGAUUUACUCGUAAUUCUCUGCAGCCCCGCCCUUGCCAUUUUCCCAAAAAUGCCACAAUCAAAUUGAGCCUGAUCUGAAUAAUCUGACCUGAAUAUCAGUGGUUGAGCUCGGAAUCUUCGGAUCAUAGAUAGAACUGGAUUGAGCUUUGACUGUUUUCCUCAACUUGUAACAACUAGUACUGAGUUCUACUGGCCCUUCAACUGAUGAUAGAGUUUUAAGAAGUGGUGGGUCUGGAGGAGGUCAACUCAGAGCAACUGAUGAUUUAUUAUCUCAAAAAAGAAAAAGGAAACCACUCACUAAAGAACAACUGGAAGAGAGAAGAAAGAAGUUAAGAUUAAGAGACAAAAACUAAUGGAGGAAGAAAAGAAAAGACAGAAAGAAGAGAAGGAAAGAAAGAAGCAGGAAUGGUGGAAAGAACACAACUACUCAUCAUUAAAGAUAAAAGAAGAGGAAGAGGAGGAGGAAGAGAGAGAGGAGAGGGAAAUACAGUAUCUCAUUGGUGACGUGACACAACCACAGAACACAUCAACUAAUGAUGCUAUUAUUGUACACUGUGUAGAUGAUUCUGGACGGUGGGGGCGUGGUGGUUUAUUUUCAGCUAUAUCAACACGCUCAAUGCAACCAGAGACCUACUAUAAGAAAGCAAGUAAAAUGAGAGAUUUGUCCUUGAGUGAUGUGCAUGUAAUACCAGUUGAUGAUAUCAUGAGUAGAGAUCAAGGCAGAGAUAUGUUGGCACUAAUUGUUGCCCAGUCAAUGGAUUCUAGUGGUAGCCUGUCAGGGAUUAAGUUACCUUCUCUCAGUAUUGGCUUACAAAGAAUAGCAUUAAGACUAAAUGCAUCAGUUCAUUUCACUCUACUCCUCAUUUCAAUUGGUAUGGUACUGAGAGAUUAAUCAGAAAACAUCUCUCAAGCAAAGGAAUACCAACAUUCAUUUAUUAUUUUUGACGUCAUGGGCACCACAAAACUGUACCAAGAGUUAGCCCUGAACUUCGUAUUAAAGUAGUGGAUCCAUUACCUGAUAUAUUUACGGAUAUCAGUGUCUGUUUCUAUGGAAUUGAUCAGAGUACCAGACGCACCCUAUCCUGUUAUAUGAUAUGAUAGCAUAUCCUAAUUCUACAUGCAUAGAUUUAAUGUUAUAUUAAUAAUAAUGUAUAA